UGUGUUUUCUUUUGGGAAUAAACGAUAAUUCAACCAGAAAGCUCCAACUUAUUCUCCACAAUUCAAGUGCAAUGGAGACGCUCCUGGAGCAGCAGCGCCGGUACCAUGAAGAACGCGAGCGCCUCGUCAAGUUGAUGGUGGACGAGCACGCAACCAAAAAGCCGGGAGAAAAGGAACGCAUUCAUUCGGAGCACAGGCUGAAAUAUCUGAUGGAACUGCAUCAUAAUGCCACCACACAAUUGCGAGACUUGUACGAAGACAAGGACAAUGAGAGGAAACAGGAGAUUGCGGCCCUAUCGGGCCCCAACGAAUUCAACGAGUUCUAUGCCCGCCUGAAGCAGAUCAAGCUGUUCUACAAAUCGCAUCCGGCCGAAGUGAGUGUCCCGCUGUCCGUGGAGUUUGACGACAUGAUCAAGAUAUACAGCAAUCCCGAUGAUAUGAGCGCCCUCGUUGAGUUUACCGACGAGGAAGGCGGCGGCCGGUAUUUGGAUCUGAACGAGUGCUAUGAGAUCUACCUGAAUCUGCGGGCUGUCGAAAAGCUGGACUACAUUGCGUACUUAAUGUCGUUCGAUCAUGUGUUUGAUAUUCCUCGCGAACGGAAGAACCGCGAGUACCGAAAGUACAUUGAGACAUUAAACGAAUACCUGCACAACUUCAUUCUACGGAUACAGCCCCUGCUGGAUCUGGAGGGGGAGCUGGUCAAGGUGGAGCUCGAUUUCCAGCGUCAGUGGCUGCAGGGUUCUUUUCCGGGAUGGUCGCUCAAAGAGACCGAGUCGGCGCUGGCCAAUACGGGAGCUCACCUGGAUCUCUCGGCGUUCUCGAGCUGGGAGGAACUGGCCUCCUUGGGUCUAGAUCGUCUGAAGUCCGCCCUGGUUGCCCUGGGACUUAAGUGUGGCGGCACUCUGGAAGAGCGUGCCCAACGCUUGUUUUCCACCAAGGGCAAGAGCACACUGGACCCCGCUCUGAUGGCCAAGAAGCCAAGCGCCAAAAGUGCCAAUGCGCAGACGAAGGAGCACGAGCGCAGCAAAGACAUCGCCCAAUUGGAAGCGCUGCUCUAUAAAUACGCCGAACUGCUAUCCGAGCAGCGGGCGGCGACCAAGGAGAAUGUUCAGCGGAAGCAGGCGCGCACGGGCGGCGAGCGGGACGACAGCGAUGUGGAGGCCAGCGAGUCGGACAACGACGACGAUCCCGAUGCCGAUGAUGUGCCGUACAACCCCAAAAACUUGCCCCUCGGCUGGGACGGCAAGCCCAUUCCCUACUGGCUUUACAAGCUGCAUGGCCUGAACAUCAGUUACAACUGCGAGAUCUGUGGUAACUUCACCUACAAAGGACCCAAGGCAUUUCAGCGGCACUUUGCCGAAUGGCGACAUGCGCACGGCAUGCGGUGUCUGGGUAUACCCAAUACGGCGCAUUUCGCGAAUGUGACCCAGAUUGAGGACGCCAUCACGUUGUGGGAGAAACUGAAGUCGCAAAAGCAGAGCGAACGCUGGAUAGCCGACCAGGAGGAGGAGUACGAGGACUCCCUGGGCAAUGUGGUCAAUCGCAAGACAUUUGAGGACUUGAAGCGUCAAGGACUGCUUUAGAAA